AAGCCAAAUUUUGCGGGAUGCCGGCCGUGGUUUUCCCUAGGGAAGGCGGAUGGAUGCUGGCCAGGCUGUGCAGGGCUGGGCUGCGCAGGAGCCAGCUCCUCCCUCUCGCUAUUUAUUCCUCCCCGUAGCUCUGCGGCCGAGGCUGAAUCACCCCGAACCCAGCGAGCAACGGGCUCCCAGCCGGCAGAGGGAAGGCAGCUCCGACCCCGAGGAAGCGGCUCCCUGGUCCCCGUCGCACGCAGAGGGUUUGUGCCAGCGACCGCGUUCCUUGGGGGAGAAGGUCGGCUGCCCAAGGAGCCAUGGCCAGGCUCCUCGUCACCUGCUGCCUGGUGGCCCUGCUCCUCAGCGCCUGGACCGACGUCGCCUUCUCCAAGAAGGGCAAAGGCAAACCCAGCGGAGGCGGUUGGGGCACAGGGAGCCACCGCCAGCCCAGCUACCCCCGCCAGCCCGGCUACCCCCAAAAUCCCAGCUAUCCCCAUAAUCCGGGGUACCCCCAGAACCCAGGGUACCCCCACAACCCAGGGUACCCCCACAACACAGGGUGGGGACAGGGCUACAACCCAUCCAGCGGAGGAAGCUACUACAACCAAAAACCAUGGAAACCUCCCAAAUCCAAGACCAACUUCAAGCACGUGGCCGGGGCGGCGGCGGCGGGCGCCGUGGUGGGAGGUCUGGGGGGCUACACCAUGGGACGCAUCAUGUCGGGGAUGCACUAUCGCUUCGACAGCCCCGACGAGUACCGAUGGUGGAACGAAAAUUCGGCGCGUUACCCCAACCAGGUUUACUACCGGGAUUACAGCAGCCCCGUCUCGCAGGACGUCUUCGUUGCUGACUGCUUUAACAUCACGGUGACCGAACACAACAUCGGACCCGCCGCCAAGAAGAACGUGUCGGAGGCUGGUUCGGCGGUGAACCAAACGGAGACGGAGAUGGAGACCAAGGUGGUGACAAAGGUGAUCCGGGAGAUGUGCAUCCAGCAGUACCGUGAGUACCGCCUGGCCUCUGGCAUCCGGCUGCACCUCGCCGACGCCUCCCUCGCUGCCCUCCUCCUCCUCACCCUCUUCAUCAUGCACUGAUGCACCCUGCAUCCCGUGGCUUCAAGAUUUCACCCCAUGGGGACCUCCCCAACCUCCCCGUUCUUGCUUGCGGUCGUCUUUGGUGAAGAGCCCUUGGGGCGCAUGAGCACCGACGCUCCCCGUCACCUCCCCGGAGGCUCCAGUUUAGGCAACUGGAUGAAAAUUUCCUUCUCCGCCCCAAAGGCGUCCCCAGCGCGGCAGGACAGCGAUGAAGCUGGAUGCCCAAAAAAACAGCCUUCACCACCUGCUCCUGCUCCUCCUCGGGGCCAGCCCGAGAGGGACCGGGUGAAGAGGAGCUCGCCUGGUCCUUGGCGUCCCUGCAAGACCGUUUCUGAAAAUCAUCUUGGCUAACAGGCAGGGUUUUACCUAAUUCCCUUAAUCCCUCGGCCACCAAAACCCUUUUCCCCGGGGCACACCGCGGUCUUGCGCCCGAGCACCCAUAUAUAUGUACACAUCACAUAGGGGUAUUUACGUACCCCACCCAUAUACCCCGUAGGGGUGUUAAGAGGGUCAAAUAUGGGUUUUUCAAGCAACAAGCUACUGGGUUUUAACCCUUUAACCCUAAAAACCGCCCUUCCUCCUGUACAUACGGACCUGCCCGCUCCGCACCUUGCAUGCUGCGAAUAUCUCCUGCAGCGAUACACAAAAAUAAAGUGAUUUAGGUUUUUUUUCCCCCCCCGCCCCCCGCCUCAGCGAGGCUGAAGCCCCGGCCGGGUUUCGGUUGACCCCUGCGCCGCUUUGCUUCUAGUUGAGCCUCACUGUCUUUCUUAGCCUGUCUAAAGGCAAAAAACGCUGCUGAGUGCCACAAAAAAAAACCCAAAAGCGGUAACGCUUGGUGUGUCGCAGCCCGAGAAAAAGCUAUUUGGGAUGUGCUGUAGGUGACAAGUGACGCUCACGUUCAGCACCUUGACCUAAAGGACAUUAAAAUACAGCAAAAACGGAUGCUCGGGGUUUUUGGGGGGGUCAAGGACAAAGCAAGAGACUUAAAGGAGCUAAAUCAGAGAGUUACAGCAAACAGCAUCGGGAAAAACAACCCUGAGGGAUGGGAGAUGCUUAAAAAAAACCAAACCAAAACAAAAACCAACCACCUUUUGCAAUUAACGUGUGGAAGCGGCGGGUGAAAUUUGUGCUUCUUGUGUUUGGGUCGAUGCUGGGUUGUGUAUAACCUGGAGCAUCUGUAAAGUUGCACUUGUCGAACCGGUCGCCCUGAGUUCUAUUUAAUAUGUCUCAUGUAUUUUAUUAUUUUUUUUUGCAAGGCACUGAAUGACACCGUCCUAAAUGAUUUUUCGCAUCGGUGUAAGCUAAGUGAAGAUAUAUAUAUAGAUAUAUAUAUAUAUAAAAAAUAUAUAGAGAUAAAUCUUUCAGGAUAGUCACCGGAAAAGCAGGGCUUUGAGGUAACCCGUACUUUGUGAUAUGCAAAUGUUUUGUAAAUCCGUAACGGUGCAUGCACGAAAUUUGCCGUUCUGAUACUUUUCCAAGUGUUCAACGUCUGCUCCAAAUUAAAACGGAUAAAGCCAA